AUGAAUAAUAACAAGUUGAAAACUGCAUGGAUAGAGGAUGAUAAGUCCAGGAAGGCCUGCUAUAGAAAGAGGAAGAUAUGCUUGCUGAAGAAAUUAAAUGAGCUUACCAUUUUAUGUGACGUGUCUGCCUUUGUCAUCAUCUAUUGCCCCGAAAAGGACGAGCUGGUUGUGUGGCCUUCCCGCCCGGUGGUGCAAGAACUACUUGAAAAGUUCUUGAGGCUGCCACUAGCAGACCAAUGCAGAAAGAUGCUGGAUCAAAAGGCUUACCUCAAGGAGAGGGCAGCCAAAUUCCAGGAGCAAAUAAAGAAGGCAAAGAAAAAGAACCAUGAGAUGAAGAUGAAAGACAUCUUGCACAAAAUUCAAGAAGGUAAGCCACUGAGUGAAUUUGAAACUAGCGACCUAAUUGAUUUCGUUUUGUUUUUGGAGGAGAAGAUGCUAGAGAUCCAGGAACGGGUUGAGCUUUUGGAGCGGCAUGUUCCACAAGGUGCUGGUGACAAAGAGAAGGGGAAGGAGAUUGAGAACAAUGCUGCAAAUAUCGCUCGAAAUGAGAAUAUUUUUGGAGGCAUCUGCAGCAGCAAUAAUAUGGGAAGAAAUGAAAAGAGUGGCUUUAGACUGAUGGGUGUUGAUAUUAAAGUGGGGCAUCUACUACACGAGGGCAAUAAUGGAGGCACUCAGAAUUGA